AUGGCGGACAAGUACGAAGAGUCCAACUCCGAAGACUCAUAUGAUGAUCACCUGGAACCUCCGGAGGAAGCUGUUGGUGGCGACACUCCCAAAGUAAAUGGCCCUCGUGGAUUGUCGAAGUGGGAAGGAUCCAUAACCAUGCUAAACGCUUUUCUGGGCACGGGCCCGCUGGUGAUCCCGUACGCUUUCGUGCAGUCGGGUUGGUGCUUCGCCUUUGUCCUAGUUGGCAUCGCUAUGAUGGCAGGCUUCACGCUUUGGCUUAUGGGUGCGUUGCUGCUGGCCCUUGAUGAUCGUGCAGAAGAGACAGGUGUUCCAAGGCUUCGCAGAGAUUGGAGUUUCCUUGGGUACAGUGCGUUUGGCAAGGCAGGCAGCGUGAUAUUCUUUGUGGCGAUUUUUUCAGAACUGUUUGGAAAUGCUGUGUCUUGUGCGAGCUUGACAUAUACUCACCUUGCAUCGCUCUUGCCCGAAGCUCAUCACAUCCAGAUUGCCACCACGGUGACGGCUUGCUGUUUUCUACUGUGCUUCGUUUCUGUGCGAUCUCUACCUGCCAUUGCAGCAGCCAGCAUGGCCUGUUUGCUGAUGUUGUUCUUGGUGCUCUUCGUGACCAUAUACCAGCUUGCGAACCAGAAUGCGAACCAGCAUGCAGUUGAAACGCAAUUCUUGGACUUGCAUGGCCUCCCGUCGGCGGCGGGCGCAGGGCUGUUUGCCAUGGUGGCACAUUCAUCAGGAGCCAUUGUCUUCCAAAUGCUGGAAGACCGAAAGCAGUGGCCUCAUGUGGCUUUCUACAGCACCUCAGGAGCGACCGUGGUCCUGCUUUUCUGUGGCUUGCUGGUCUACGGCUGUUUCGGUCAAAGCACUGCGCAGUCGAUUGUCAACAACGUGGGCCGGGACUUAGCCGGCCAAGUGCUUCCUGGAGCUGGUAACCACGUGGCGAGGGCAUUAAGCCUCCUCUUUGUGUCUGCAAGGGUUCUCGCUGGCUUCCCCUUGGUCGUAGCCUCCAUGGGCAAAAUGCUUGGCGCAAGGCGGCCCUUGGCGGAUCUGACGUGCAAGGCGCUGCUCACCGCUGCAGUCAGUGCUGUGGUCUUCGCCACAGGGGGCCGUGUCUCCUGGAUCGUUGAUUUCGUAGGGACUGUGACCGCAAACUUGACUGUACUGCUUUUGCCUUCUCUGGCAUUUUUUAAGCUUGAGCACCGGCAACCAAGCGCAGGCCUUUCUGUGAAACUCGUCGCCGGGAUCAUUUUGGUAGCAUCAGUCGUGUACGGUUUUUGGGGCCUCCGCUCGGUCUUGGCGGGGCCCGGGCCUGGCACCAGCACCACGCAGCCAUUGGAUGCCUGCAAGCACGGCAUCAAUCUUGACGUGCUUUCUGAGAAAGAUACGAAACUCUUUUCAUCACUCUUUUCGCUACAGGGCGCUCGGGUCUCGCAGACGGGCUUCCAAAAGCAUGCUCCUUGA